UAUCUUGAAAAACAUCCUUCGAUGUCUUCAUUUCUGCACAGACUGAAAAAUGCUGGGAAGAAAAUGUUUUUGAUAACAAACAGUCCCUUCAAAUUUGUUGAUAACGGUAUGAAGUACAUGAUAGGUCCUAACUGGGCUGAUCUUUUCGAAGUAAUAGUUGUUCAAGCAAGGAAACCAAAGUUUUUCACUGAUCAAAGCCGGCCCUUUAGGAUUUACGAUGUACACACCAAAAGUCAGCUAUGGGAAAGGGUUGUAUCCCUUGACAAAGGCUGUGUAUAUAUGGAAGGUAAUUUGAAGGAACUUCAGCGUUUGACUGGUUGGUAUGGAAAUUCUGUUUUAUAUUUUGGGGACCAAAUAUAUUCUGAUCUUGCUGACCUGACAUUACAUCAUGGUUGGAGGACAGGUGCUAUCAUAUAUGAGCUAUCUAAUGAAAUAAAUAUUUUAAAUUCUGAAGAAUUUCGGCAUGAUGUUGGUUGGCUUCAGACAUUACAGCAUAUUAUUGAAGAAAUGCAGGACUUUGAAGAAUCUGAUGAGAUCAUAGAACAACUUCUUGUGGAGCGUGAUGAACUUCGAAUCAACACUAAAACUAUGUUCAACAAGCAGUUUGGAAGCAUAUUUCGAACUCAUCACAAUCCAACUUAUUUUUCUAGAAGACUUUUUAGGUAUUCAGAUAUUUAUAUGUCACAUGUUACUAAUUUAUUAAACUAUGGUUUAAAACAUAUUUUUUAUCCUCGAAGAGGUGCAUUGCCUCAUGAAUGCAGAAUACCAUUUAUGUGAAAAUAAUUGAUUUUGUGUCAGUAUGUUUCAUUUUAUUACUAGAAGAUGAAAUCAUUGCAGUUUGCAUAUACCUUAAAUAUUUAAAUUAAUGCUGAACUGGAAGUGUGUUGAUGUUACAUUUUUUAUUAUGUAAAAUUAUAUUCUAAUUUAAAAUAUUUUAAUAAUUGGAAAUUUUGUCUACUGUGCCAUAAUUUAAUUUGCUCAAUAUUUUGUUUUUAUUUAACUAUGUGUGAAACAUUACU